AUGUCUGCAAAAGCUAUUAGGGAAUAUGAUGGAAAGCUAUUAUUAGCAUAUUGGCUUUUACGUUCUCCUUCUCUAAUUGAAAACUCAUCCAUUUCUAAAUUUGUUCCACUGGCAACUAAAGUUGCCCAUGUUGCUUUCGAUACUUCCAUAUUAAAAGACACACUGAUUAAUAAUCCUCCCGUAGCUUUUAGUAAUCAUGUUCAACAAACUCUUAAUAUUCUUGAACAAACUCAUCCAUGGUUAUUAACUGAUAAAUUGGUAGCUAAACCAGAUCAACUUAUAAAAAGGCGUGGAAAAUCUGGGUUAUUAUUGUUGAACUCUGAUUGGCAACAGGUUAAAGAAUGGAUCAUUGAAAGAGCCGGCAAAGAAAUUAAGGUCGAUAAAGUAACAGGAGUAUUGAAAACCUUUAUUGUUGAACCAUUUGUACCUCAUCCUUCUGAUACCGAAUAUUAUAUCAAUAUUAAUUCUGUCCGGGAAGGUGAUUAUAUUUUAUUCACCCAUGAAGGCGGUAUUGAAGUGGGCGAUGUUGAUGUAAAGGCAUUAAAACUUUUAAUUCCGGUGGACGAUUCUUAUCCAAGCCCACAAGAAAUUAAGGAGAAACUAUUAGUAAAUGUUUCUGAUUCCAAAAAAAAUGUUUUAGUAGACUUUAUAUCUCGUUUAUAUGCUGUAUAUGUCGAUUUACAAUUUACAUACCUUGAAAUCAAUCCAUUGGUGGUGCUUGAUUCUACUUCUGAUGAUGAAGUACCAAAUAUAUUUUCACUUGAUUUGGCUGCGAAGUUAGAUCAAACAGGUGAAUUUGAAGCUGGGCCAAAAUGGGCUAUUGCUCGUGCUCCGAGCAGUAUAGGACUAGCAGUUAAUACUAAGUCAACAAAGACUCAAAUUGAUCAAGGACCUCCAAUGGAGUUCCCUGCACCCUUUGGUCGAGAAUCGACCAGAGAAGAAGCUUAUAUUCAAGAAUUAGAUUCGAAAACUGGAGCAUCAUUAAAGUUAACCAUUUUAAAUAAAGAUGGUAGAAUAUGGACCAUGGUUGCUGGUGGUGGUGCUUCGGUCGUUUACAGCGAUGCGAUUUCUGCAUUAGGGUUUGCCCAUGAACUCGCCAAUUAUGGUGAAUAUUCUGGAGCACCAACUGAAACUCAAACUUAUGAAUAUGCAAAAACGAUCCUUGAAUUGAUGACUCGCAAUCCCGUAGUUCAUCCUGAUGGAAAAAUUUUAAUCAUUGGUGGUGGUAUUGCAAAUUUUACCAAUGUUGCAGUUACUUUUAAAGGCUUAAUCCGUGCAUUACAAGAAUUCAAACAACCUUUAAUUGUUCAUAAGGCUAAAAUUUUUGUAAGGCGUGGUGGUCCAAAUUAUCAAGAAGGGUUAAGGGCCAUGAGGCAAUUAGGGGACGAAAUUGGUGUAGAAAUUAGUGUGUUCGGCCCCGAAACACAUAUUACUGAAAUUAUACCUUUAGCCUUGCUGGGACAUGGGUCAGGACUUAAUAAUAUUGUUACGGAUCAACUUGAUUCUUCAGGAAACACACUUCAAAAUCAACUUUUUGGAACAUCCACUCCUUUAUCAAAAGGCAAAAAAGAUAUUGAUGACGCUCUUGGAGUUUCUGAAGAAUCAAAGGAAUCUCAUUCUAGACCAACAACUCCUAUAGCUGAUCCACGUGAAAGGAUGACGUUCUUUGAAAAUCCUGGAAUAAGCCAACGUCCUUGGUAUUCAAUAUUUACAAGUGAAACGCGUGCCUUCGUAUAUGGGAUGCAACCACGUGCUGUACAAGGAAUGUUAGAUUUUGAUUUUAUAUGCAAACGUCAGAUACCUUCCGUGGCUGCCAUGAUUUAUCCAUUUGGUGGAAAUCAUGUUCAAAAAUUUUAUUGGGGUACAAAAGAAACCUUAUUAAGUGUUUUUAAUAACUUUGAAGAUGCCAUCAAAAAUUUUCCUGAAGUUGAUACCGUUGUGAAUUUUGCUUCUUCUCGAUCAGUUUAUGAUUCUACCUUUGAUUUCUUCAAAUACUCGAACCAAAUUAAAACUAUUGCCAUAAUUGCAGAAGGAGUUCCUGAGCGUCGUGCAAGACAAAUCCUUCAUGAAGCCGAGAAAAAAAAGGUUCUCAUAAUUGGUCCUGCGACCGUUGGUGGUAUCAAACCAGGUUGUUUCAAAAUUGGUAAUACGGGUGGAAUGAUGGAUAACAUCGUUUCAUCUAAAUUAUAUCGACCUGGUUCAAUAGCUUAUGUAUCAAAAUCAGGUGGUAUGUCCAACGAGUUGAAUAAUAUCAUUUCAAGGACAACAGAUGGUGUAUAUGAAGGAGUUGCAAUUGGUGGUGAUCGUUAUCCUGGAUCAACAUUUAUCGACCAUUUAUUGCGUUUUGAGGGUGAUCCAAAAUGUAAAAUCUUAGUUUUGCUCGGAGAAGUCGGCGGUGUCGAAGAAUAUAAAGUUUGUGAGGCUCUCAAAGAUGGACGAAUCAAGAAACCAUUGAUUGCUUGGUGUAUUGGUACUUGUGCUAAAAUGUUUGCAACGGAAGUUCAAUUUGGUCAUGCAGGUGCUUUAGCACAAUCAGAUCUUGAAACCGCUGAUGCAAAAAAUAAUGCUCUUAGAGAAGCAGGUGGAAUUGUUCCGGAAACAUUUGAAAAAUUACCAUUAUCAUUACAUGAUACAUUCCAUAAACUUGUAUCUGAUGGUACUAUUAAAGUAGUCCCGGAACCCGAGACGCCCAAAAUACCUAUUGAUUAUUCUUGGGCACAAGAACUUGGGUUGGUUCGAAAGCCUGCAAGUUUUGUGUCGACUAUUUGCGAUGACCGUGGUCAAGAGUUAUUAUAUGCAGGAAUGAGAAUUUCCGAUGUAUUCAAGGAAAAUAUUGGUAUUGGAGGAGUUUUGAGCUUAUUAUGGUUUAAAAGAAGACUACCGGAUUAUGCUUGUACAUUUAUUGAAAUGAUACUCAUGUUGACUGCAGAUCACGGUCCUGCUGUUUCUGGUGCUCAUAAUACAAUUGUCACUGCUCGAGCAGGAAAAGAUCUUAUAUCAAGUUUAUGCGCUGGCUUGUUAACAAUCGGAGACAGAUUUGGUGGUGCUCUUGAUGGAGCAGCUGAAUUGUUUACAAGUGCGUAUGAUAAAGGCUUGACACCUCGUGAGUUUGUGGAUUCGAUGCGUAGGCAAAACAAAUUAAUUCUUGGUAUAGGACAUAAAAUCAAAUCUCGUAAUAAUCCAGAUCUUCGUGUAGAGAUUAUUAAAGAAUUUGCCAAAAAGAACUUUCCUGCAACAAAUUUGCUUGAUUAUGCCUUAGCUGUUGAAGAAAUUACUACCACUAAAAAGGAUUCUUUAAUCCUUAAUCUUGAUGGAGCAAUCGCAGCUUGUUUUGUCGACUUAUUAAGAGAAUCAGGUGCUUUUAGUAGAGAAGAGGCAGAAGAAUAUAUUAAAAUUGGAGCCUUAAAUGGAUUAUUUGUAUUAGGAAGAAGUAUAGGAUUUACUGGUUUAUAUCGUCAUCCGUGGGAUGAUAUUUCUUAUUUGGUUCCUGGUGUAGAACAAGGUCGUACUUUUGUUAGUCAAGAUAUAGAUUCUGUAAGGCCACAUCCAACACGCUCGCUUUCGACGGUGACAAUAACAACUUUAACGCCGCAGACUGUGGGUGGUAGCUCUAGCGCUAUCGAUGAUAUUAUCUCCGAAGACCAUUAUUACGAUAAUGAGUUAACUUUAACAGGCGAUGAACUUUUUAGAGCUGUUCAAAAAGUUACCUCGACAAAUAACGAUAUCGAGUAUACAAAAGAUUUUCAUGGUAAAGUAGGACUAGAAAAACCGGAGAAACCAAAAAAACCAAAAAGACAUUUCUCCCGACCUACAUGGUCCAAUAUAAAGAAAGGAAUUCUUCAACUAUACUUUUAUAUUAUGAGAAAAGCAACCUGGCCAAUGGCGAAGAGGGUAAUAAAAGCGGCCGUAGCUUACUGGCUUGCUUAUGUGAUUGACUUGAUUGUACCUGUAAUGAAAUCAUUAGGCUCUUCUACUUUCUUAGCCAUUGUUAUGGUCUGCUACUUUCAACCUUCGAGAACUUUUGGCUCGCUAUUUGAGAGUGCCGGUUGGGGUAUUAUUGCAGCAUGUAUGGCAACAACAUGGUCUUUAAUCGGCAUUACAUUUUCUAGUGCAUUACGUGAGCCUAGCCAAAUGUUCGAUCUCUGGGCUACUAUAAUACACGUUUCUUUCUUAGCGGUUGGAACAUUUAUCUUAUCAUAUGAUAAAAUUAAAUGGCCACCUAUGCGAUAUGGUGCCAUAAAUGCGUGCAUAAUCAUGACCUUUUCUUUAACACAAGCUUACGUAAGACCUCACAAUACAAUUCAAAUUAUAGUAAAACAUGCUACAACAAAUUAUAUUCCAUACUUACACGAAACAUUACAAAGCUUUAUUGAUUUACUUGAUCAAGAAACCCAUUUUUUCCUUCGAGAUACAUACAAUAGAAAUACUAUUGCUAAACUUCAUAGGACAGUACAAGAUAAUCUUGCAAAUCUUGACAUUGCAAGACGAGAAGCUCAACAUGAACUCUCCUUUUCGAAAAUUGGGCAAGAAGAUAUUUUGGAAAUAACCAGACUCAUUAAAUCUAUGCAUAUGACGUUAGGAGGUUUAGCCUUAAGUGGUGUGAUCGAAGAAGAAUUAAUGAGAGAUGGGCAAGAAGGCACAGUAGAAAUUAGAAUUGAUGGUAAUACUGAUCGUCAAUCAUUUACGGAUCAAACAUCUUUAGACGAACCUCUUUCGCCCACAAGUACCAUAGGAACAGCUGCAAAUGAAGAGGAUCUUACGAACCUUUUAAAGAUCCUUCAACCUAUUUGUACUGAACUUUCAGAAGCAUGUCAAUUGUGUUUAGCAGAUUGUAUUGCACGUGUGGAUCAUCUGCAACAUAAUUGUCGUGAACCAUGGUAUUACCGAUGGUGGCCAUUCAAACUUAAACCUAGAGCGGAUCAUAAUAAAAACGUUCUUGAUGAUCCUUUUGGUUACUUACAGGAGGCCAUUGCAAAAUUCAAUGACUCACGCGAGGAAAGUUUGACUCGUUUGUUUGCUGAAACACGUACAAUCAGUCCUUCUCCACAGAGAUUAUUAUUGUUGCUGAUCCUUUUUGAGAAUAGUCUUAAAGAGGUUGCUGAGAGUCUUGGUUUCUUGGUAGGAUUAGUUAAAGUUCUUUCGACUACAAGGCAAUCCAAGAAAUUUUGGUUUCCUAUGAUACCAAUUUUAAAACGAAUUAGAAAUUUUGGUGAAAUUGAUGAAGAUGGGUGGAAAAUUUUUGAACAUAAAACUAGACAAGAGGAGGAGGAGGAACUUGGAAAUGAAGUUUUUGAUCCUGAUGUAACUCCGCCAUCAAAUUCAAUUCAAAAAUUCUGGUAUAAUCUUUGGCGUAUAAGAAACUGGUUUGAUAGUAAAUAUGCGGUAUUUGCCUUCAAGAACACUUUGGUUGUUACCUGUCUAAGUUUGCCGGCAUUUUUACCCGGAUCUUAUGAGUGGUUCGAUACUUAUCGCGGUCAGUGGGCAGUUGUUAGUGCUGUACUUUCGUUUGCACCCACGACCGGUGGCGCAGUCCUUCAAUUUUUGGGUCGACUUCUCGGUGUGGGUAUAGGUGCAGUAAUGGCAUUAAUAGCAUGGAAAAUGACUAAUGGCAACGUAUAUGGUUUGGCAUCUGUCUUGUUUUUAUUUUCUCUUCUUCUUUGGUUUGUCUACCUGAAUGCGAAAGUAUGGACUGUUGGUGGUAUUAUUAUGUUGGUGAACUUCCCAUUGGUUCUUACAAAUGCAUAUCAAGCCAGUCAUGGUGUCGGUGUUGAUGACAUUUACACUAUAGCUGCAAAGCGAACGACAGCCGUAAGCAUUGGUAUUACAGCAGCUUUUGUCAUGAAUAUGAUUCCUUGGCCUCAUACUGGACGUGUCGAAGUUCGCCAUCGACUCGCACGUACAAUCGCAGACAUUGGAGUUCUUUACUCAAUGACGGUUUCUUACCUUAUUAAAGGAGACAAGUAUUCCGGUAAUCUUAUAACAACAAAACCAUUCCGCAAACUCGUCACUAGAAUUAAUCGAUCCAUAGCUAUUGAACGAUUACUUUUAUCUCGUACAGUGUACGAACCUCCAUUAAGAGGAAAUUAUCCUAUGGAAAAAUAUGCGCGCAUGAUAGAGAUCGUAGAACAUAUGGUUAAUCUUGUAAGCGGAAUAGAAUAUACAAUACAUGGAUUAAAUGGGACUGAAUGGAAAACAGAUUUAGCUGAUGUUUUAGAUCCAUUGAAAUGUUAUUAUAUCACACAUAUUUUGACAGCAUUUCAUAUCUUAUCAACAGCAUUGGAAAAUCGAGUCCCUUUACCGCCCUAUAAUAUUGUUUCUUCAACUGAGACAAAGUUUGGACAAGUUAGUUUAGGUUAUAGAAUUUCAAGAAAGAUUAGACAGACAGCUUCUGGGUUAACGAAAGAGGAUUUAGAGACACCAGCUUAUGCUUGCUAUUGUGCCUAUCUUAUUAAAACAAGUCAUCUUACAAAUGAACUUAUUAAGUUGGUGUCUGUCGUAAAGUCUUUGGUUGGAGUUAAUCGAUAUGUUAAAGAAUUGAUAGACUUUUAG